AUGAGACUUCCAGGUUACUCCAAGUCACCAGACACCAACUUGGGAGUUCAUAGAAAACUUUUUGAGAUCAUUGUUAUGCAUUAUUUGUCAGUUUGUCAAAAUGUGGUUAUCUUUUUAUUUUCUCUUUUUAUUCUUGUUGAAUGUACUUUGGGACCCGGCGAUCGAAAACUGAAGAAACAAUCACAAUCAACAACAACAGUCACCGAAUCUUCAUCCCAAACUUCUUCUAAAAGUCGUAAACAGUCAGUUGCACCUUCAAAGCCUAUUUCAAAACCUACAACUGAUGUGAUUCACCGUAAUCUAAUUCAAGAACAAGUGGAUGGUCAAACAAUUGUUAACAACCACCAAUAUUAUUGUGAAAAAUGUUUAAAUGAAACAGCAAGACAAUUUUCUCAACCAACUCUCGUCUAUGUUACACCAUGGAAUCCAUACGGAUAUGAUGCAGCUAAAUUAUUUAUCUCAAAAUUUGAUUAUAUUAGUCCUGUUUGGUUAUCAAUGAAACGAAACGGUGUUGAAUCGUACGAAAUAAGUGGUACUCAUGAUAUUGAUGAAAAAUGGAUGUUGACAUUACGAAAAUUGAAACCUGCAAUUCAAAUUGUUCCACGUAUUCUCUUUGAAAAAUGGCCUAUUGAACAUAUACACGCUCUAUUUCAAUCAGAACAUGAAAAACAAAAAUUAGCUGAAACAUUGGCUGAAUAUGCUCAACAACAUCAAUUAGAUGGUUAUGUACUUGAAUUAUUGUCACAAUUUCAUGGUUCAUCAAAAUCAACAUUAAAUCAUAUUCUUAUUGAUAUUAGUGAAAAAUUACAUGCAUUAAAUAAACAGUGUUUUCUAGCUGUACCACCAUAUGAUGAAGUUUUUGAUAAAAAUGAUUUUGAACAACUAAUGAAUCAUAUAGAUGGAUUUAGUAUAAUGACAUACGAUUUUCCAAAUCAAAAAGGACCUGGUCCAGUGGCACCAUUAGAAUGGGUUCAAAUGACCAUGGAAAAAUUUUUAUUACCAGAUAUUGAAUCUCAUAUAAUACCAAAAUUAUUUUUAGGUUUAAAUUUUUAUGGUUACAAAUAUGAUCGUGUUCUACCAACUUCAUUAAAACCUAAACAACAACAACAACAACAAGAACAAUACAAAUAUCAACCAAUUAUGGGUCGUGAUUAUAUCGAAUUUUUAAAACAAAAUUUAAAUUCAAUAAUGAUUGCCUAUGAUACACGAUCACAUGAACACAUAACAGCUAUACAAUUAAAACAACAACAGAAAAAAUUAGCACCAAAUGAACAACCACCAUUACCCGAUACAAUUAUUUUUUAUCCAAGUUUAAAAUCAAUCUAUGAUAGAUUACAAUUGGCAACAAAAUUAAAUGUGGGCAUUGCGAUAUGGGAAAUUGGUCAAGGAUUAGACUAUUUCUAUGAUCUUUUGUAA